GGCCUGCCUCCGUCUCUCUUUAGUGACGUUUUCGCGCAUUCCUACCCCUCCUCUGUCUCCAGGGGGACCUCCGCUGUAGGUUCCCUAGUGGAGUCCACUUUCUCUCGGGCGUUCUCCUUCCUUGUCCAAGAUGGCAACACUAAGUGUAAACAAAAUCGGGUCUGGCGCUGGGAUGGAUGCCGGGAACAGGCACAGCCGAAGUCCGGCGGGGCCUGUCGUGAAGGUUUUGGAAUGUGGAGUCUGUGAAGAUGUAUUUUCAUUGCAAGGAGACAAAGUUCCCAGACUUCUUUUAUGUGGUCAUACUGUCUGUCAUGACUGUCUUACUCGACUUCCUCUCCAUGGCAGAGCAGUUCGAUGUCCUUUUGAUCGACAAGUUACUGAACUAGGUGAUUCUGGGGUGUGGGGAUUGAAAAAAAACUUUGCUUUGUUGGAACUCCUGGAGCGAUUGCAGAAUGGAUUAGGUGGUCAGUGUGGAACAAUUGAAGAAACUAUUGGCCUAUCUGGAGAGUGCAUCAUCCGAUGUGAUGAAGAUGACACUCAUCUGGCUUCUGUGUACUGCACUGUUUGUGCUACUCACCUGUGUACAGACUGUUCCCACCUUACACAUUCUACAAAGACACUAGCAAAGCACAGACGUGUGCCCCUUGCUGAUAAGCCACAUGAAAAGACGAUGUGUUCUCAGCACCAAGUGCAUGCCAUUGAAUUUGUGUGCUUGGAAGAAGGUUGUCAGGCCAGUCCUCUUAUGUGUUGUGUUUGCAAAGAAUACGGAAAACACCAGGGUCAUAAACACAGUAUUUUGGAACCAGAAGCAAAUCAGAUCCGCGCUUCCAUUUUAGAUAUGGCUCACUGUAUAAGAACUUUCACAGAAGAAAUCUCAGAUUAUUCUCGGAAACUAGAUGGAAUUGUACAACAAAUAGAGGGAGGAGAACAGCUUUUCGAAGAUGGUAUAGGAAUGACCCACACAGAACAUGUUCCAGGCACUGCAGAGAAUGCUCGGUCAUGUAUCAGAGCCUAUUUUUCUGACCUUCACGAGACUCUCUGCCGCCAAGAAGAAAUGGCACUUAGUGUGGUAGAUGCACAUGUGCGUGAAAAAUUGAUCUGGCUUAGGCAACAGCAAGAAGAUAUGACUAUCCUGUUGUCACAAGUUUCAACAGCAUGUCUUCACUGUGAAAAGACUUUACAGCAGGAUGACUGUAGAGUUGUUUUGGCUAAACAAGAGAUUACAAGGCUUUUAGAAACAUUGCAGAAACAACAACAACAAUUCACAGAACUUGCAGACCACAUUCAACUUGAUGCUAGCAUUCCAGUUACUUUUACAAAGGACAACAGAGUACACAUUGGACCAAAAAUGGAGAUUAGAGUGGUGACCCUUGGAUUAGAUGGAGCAGGCAAAACUACUAUUUUAUUUAAAUUAAAACAAGAUGAGUUCAUGCAACCCAUUCCAACCAUAGGUUUUAAUGUUGAGACAGUAGAAUAUAAAAACCUGAAAUUCACUAUUUGGGAUGUAGGUGGCAAACACAAACUGAGGCCUUUAUGGAAACAUUAUUACCUCAAUACACAAGCCGUGGUCUUUGUCAUUGAUAGCAGCCAUAGAGACAGAGUCAGCGAGGCACACAGUGAACUUGCCAAACUAUUAACAGAGAAGGAGCUGCGUGAUGCAUUGUUACUGAUCUUUGCCAACAAGCAGGAUGUGCCAGGGGCACUUUCAGUAGAAGAAAUCACAGAAUUACUGAAUCUCCACAAACUUUGCUGUGGUCGUAGCUGGUACAUUCAAGGCUGUGAUGCCCGAAGUGGCAUGGGACUUUACGAAGGACUGGAUUGGCUUUCAAGGCACCUGGUAGCUGCAGGUGUACUGGAUGUGGCUUAAGAGAGCCAGUAAGCAUAAAGAUCAGUUGUUUAUUUAUGUGAAUUGAUAUGGUCAGAUAUGAACUUCAUUUAAACCUGUUACUCCUUAAAAACAUUUUGUUGGAAUGCUAGACUGAAGCACAGUGUAGGUAUAACUUGUGUAAAUUACAGUAACCAAAUAGAGUGAUAUAAUGUAUUUGUGGGAAAGGUGCCUUAAUUUCUUUUAAAGAAAUUUGAACUGAGGAUCUUCAGCCUUCCCUAUUAAACAUCCUUCUCUCAGGACUUAGCAUCUAUUUAAUUUCACUUCUUUCAAUGAUGGCCUUGCUGCAUUCACUUGCUCUCUCAGAUUUGGGUGCAUGUAUAACCAUUAUUUCAUAUUACCAACAUAGUUUACUAUAUAUUAAGUGAAGCAGGAACUGACUGCACAAAUGCUUGGUUCUGGUUAAUAGCUCUUGCUCUUAAAAUUCAAGCCCAUAUCUAUGCUAGUAUACUCACAACAGUUUUCCACUUGUGCUAUAGCCUUACUGUUGCUUUUAUGUAUUUCCUUUAUUCUUAAUUUAAUCAAUUUGGAUGCUGCUUUUGAGGAAACUCUUCUCUGAUAUUAAAUAAUUACACAUUUUUGCACAUAUUUAGGUAAAAUUUCCUGUAAGCAUAGGAUUUUUUUUGUCUGUAUCUUGGAAAAACUGUUGUACUAAUCAGAGACUUAUUUAUUACUGUUAUUAUUUUGCAAAUGUGGCUUACAAAGUAUAUAUUGAGGCUGCCUCUAAAAUUGCGUUAAUACGACACACACACGUUCAUAUUAAUUUUUAGAUACAUUUAGAAAUUUCUAAUGUACAAAUAUUCCAUCCAUUCAGAGUUAAGAAAGCGUUAAGUAGAAUAUCUGAGAUUUGAAGUUAUUCCAGGACCUGUUUAUCAAUAUAUUGUGUGUUUUAAUUGCACACGAUCUGUUGAUUUUUUAACUUGUUGAAAUCAUAUAGACUAUUUAAUUGUGGUUAACUUUUCACGCAUACAUUGCUUUACUGGUAUGCUUUCGAUAAAUUAUGAGCAGCCUUAAAAAUGCAGAAAUAAAUAACUACUGAAAUAGGACCUCCACUAAUGUUGUUGAGAUGAGAAGUUUAAAAAUUAAUAGGGCAGGUUGUAGCAAAAAUUGAAGAUUCAGAAAACCAUUUGUUCAACUCUAGAAAGGGUAGGAAAUUUUUGCCCAGAAAAAAAAAUGGGUUCUAAUAAAAAUGGAGAAGAAAAUGAAGGCAGUCUCUUGAAUAUUAAAAUAAUAAGAGCAGCAUUUCUCCACUUAAUUAUUUACAAAGAUGUCAAAGUUACACAUUCUCACUGUGAAUUGUGGGAAAUGUAUCAGCCCAUCCAAAUAUCAGCUUAGAUAAAAAGUGUCUUGACUGCUUUAUUUGUCUUUUCCAUUUUAUGUAGACUGCUUCUGCCACAUGCCUUUCUUGCUUCUUUCUCUCUUCACACUAUUUUUCAACAAAAUUCUCUGUAGGAGUUGGGUUUUUACAUCUUUGACAGAUUACUGUUUCUUAAAUUUGUCAUAAAAACUCAUGAAAAGCAAGCCCCUAUCCACAGAUUGUUUGUCUUCCACUUUUCUUAUCUCAGUUGGGAUGUUGUUGGAGUAAAAAACAGCACUACCUUACAGAAAAGUUACCAGUUAGAUAUAUGACAGAUGCUAUUUCGAAUUAUGUAACAAAUGUUUCAGAAUUAACAACUACCGGUAUUUGCUUAAAUUGGUAUGUGGAAAUCAGACUUUCUUUAAAGAGUCUAUGUGCCUUUGUCUUAGCAUCUUAGCAUUUUUUUAGUUGAGAUUGCAUAUCAGAAUCCCUUCUCAUUUCCUUGUCAUCUUAAUCCUUAUCAGAAUUUGGGGAUUGUUAGGCUUUACAGUUCAUUCUAUCUGAUGAUACAUGACUAUGUCCCUCUACCAUUUAAGAUCAGGUUUAGCUUCUCUGUAAUAUUUUAUUAGUAUUCAAAAUCUGAUUUAUGAGGAAAUCUUGGAAAUCUCUCUGUAUAUAUAUAUAGUCAUGGAAGCACACUGUCUCCCUAGUGCCACAGACUGCACAUUUGUUUCUACUUUAAUUUGAACUGAGAUUUGCUUUCAAAUUACAGUAAUUAUUUUUUACUGUGAUUCAAUAAAGAUAAUUUUUCAUUUUCCCCUUGAUAUUAGUUGGCUUAUUGACGGGGAAAAUUCUAUGAAUUGGUAAUUUUGAUAUUUAAUAUUAAUUCUUUGACUAUGUUUUAUCAAGUAAUACACAUUCUAAGGGUCAUGCUUUACUAUGGUUAAUAAUUUCAUGUUAAUACUUGAAUUCAUUCAUUUUGACAUCACUAAAGUUUAAGGUAAAGUUUGCUUGAUAGAGUAACUAGAGUAGCCUAGUUCUAGACUGAAAAUUUUGAUAAUUUUCUGAGAAAUCUAGGAGUGCAUAUUUGUAAUUCCUGCUAAUUUUCUUGAAGAGGCUCUAUUUAGUUUAUACAUAAGUAAACGUUCAGAUGCAGAAUUCUGAUUGAGUGCUGCAAUCAGUAGUUCUGUGUUUUAAGACUGAAAAGGGUGAAGCUAUAGCUAUCGUAAGAAGCAGAAUUUCCUUAAUAGAAUGUUUUUUACCAAAGCAAUAAUUCACCAAAAGUCCAGUGACAAUUAAAGCAGGAUUUAGAUAGUAAAUAUCUAAACAUGCUCCAUCAUUAAUAAUAGAUGAUCCAUACAAGUCCUGUUUAUAUCAUUAAAAAUGGAGCUGCUGAGAACAAGGAGUCCAGAAGCUGCGUUGACAAUUGGAAGUAUGUGGCAGAACUGGGGAAAACAAUUAGCAGUAUUGCCAGUCAGAACCCUAGGGAAGACGAAACUAAGAGUUCCUUCUUGGUCUACUCAUUGAAUACAUAAAAAGGUCAGAACCUGUUACCAUGCAUGAAGUUCAUUCAGAUUGCAAAAGGAGGCAUUGUUACUUCUUUCUACUGUGAUUGACUUGAGACUUUGCUACUUGCUUCAGUAGUGCAUGGGCUGCAGUGAAGGAUCAGCUCAGUAUUUGGAUGCCCAAUGAUAAGAUCCUUGUUGAAUGGUAUUCCAAAGCCUGUAGACUCUUAAGUAAUGGAAGUUGCAGUCAUUUACAACCCAGACCUGGCUCUAUGCUGUUGCUUUCUCCUACUUCCCUUUUAAUACUUUCCAAUUAAUACUAUUGGGACAAAGUGUGCCUGCCUCUUCAAAAUAUAAUUGCUGAAGUGAUUGAAUCAUGUUGUUAUACAGCACAAGCAUAUGUUUGUGUGUUGUGCUGUUCAGUGGAGUUUAAUCCUAGAUAACUUUCGGGAUCACAGUUUUAUCACCUUAGUGAAAUAUCAGUUCAUCUUUAAAACAUAAUCAUUUCUGAAACAAGGUCAAUGAAAGAUCUUUUAAACUGUAGCCAUCAAGGUUUUUUUUUUAUAUUGUGUUGAAGUAGUAAGUAAUGCUGCAUAUAAUUGUCUUAAAAGUAAAAAAAAAAAACCUACCUAUUUGAGAUAAAAUAUUUGCCAUUGGUUCCCUCCCUUUGGGGGAUAUGUUUGGAUGACAGGCAUGUUUCAGCAUUCUGUAGCAUUUAUGCAUUAAUGGAAACCUUUAAUGUAUUAAAAUAAUUGGCUAUAGAUACCUAAAUACUAUAAAAGUAGGGGUUGUUUGUCACAAACAUUUCUUACCUGCUUCAACUCCUGUCAAAAUACACUGCAAGUUUAGAUGUCUUUAAGAACUAAGUUGUAGGUGCAAAGCCUGUGUCUGUGAAGUAAUUUGAAAGGUUUUACUAUAUUUUAGUGAAGUCAGACUUCUGCUACUGUAUUGCUUGCUUAUAUUUCAUUUUAAUGCUAUUAGAAUGCAUGAUAUCACUUAAUAUAUAGCAGUUCAAAAGGCUGAAUGUAAAUUGUUUUAUUAGUGGCUUUAAAUGCUAUUGCUUGCUUCAUGUAAAACUCUGAAGGUGUUGAUUUUAGGAGAAUGUGCAGAAAUAUUUGUUGGUUAAUAUUGACAAAGUUGAGCUCUGCUGCAAAUAUAGUGUACUUGUAUAAAAGUAUUAUUUAAUUGAAACUCACAAAAGUUACUGUGAAUAUAACUAUUAUAGUUGUCUGAAUUCAAUUUUACCACAUUUAGCAUCUUGUUUGUAUUGUAUAUAACUUGUUCAAGGAGAAAUUAAAACUUGUUUCAUACAUCAUUGACCUUUAAUUUUCUUUAGUGUACUAAUGAGUGCAAGUUUCUAAAAUUGUUUUAGCUGCAAAGAAAUUUUUAAGAGCUUCAUAUAAACUGUUUUAAGAGUGGACUGUAUUUGAUUAAAGAUAUCUUUGUAAAAUAAUGAUACAGUUGAAUUUUGAUUAAAUGCAGUGUUCAACAAUGAUAAAGAAAGGUAUUGUAUGGUAUCACAUAUAAAAAUACCAUAUGCAACAAUACCCAGUUACACUGUAGCUUGUAACUUUAUGUCAUGAGUUAUUUUCUAAUUACAAACAGGAAUAGGUCAAAGGAAGAGGAGUUAUUGCAUAAAAAUAUCUACCUUCUGCACCUGUAACACAUGUAAAAUAGCUCACAAAAAUAAAUAUUUAACAGUUGUGAUAGUGAAUCAUAGUAAUAAAAUUAUUUCACCCAAA